UUGAAGUGAUAUAAAAUAUUUGCUAACAUAGAAUGAAGCUUUUGGCAAUUUUUGCGUAUCUCACAAUCAUUGGACUGAUAUAUGUUAAAGCACAAACAACAACAGUUGGUUCUCCAACAACGAGUACGGCUGCAGGAACUACAACUACGGGCGCACCUACCACAACCACUACAGCAGAUACAACAACCACAACAGCAGUCACAACAACCACAACAAUAGCCCCUACAACGACAACAACAACCACCACCACCACUACAACAUCUGGAGUUAGAAGAAGAAGAGUACGACUUACAAAUAUGAGAUUUUCAGGAACACGUAGAUUUCGACGUAGAAGACGCAACACUGUUAGACCCAGUGUUAUAAUACUUAACAGACGUAAUCGUGUUAAUCGUCGCAAUAUUAGGAAUCCUAGAGUUGUUGUUGUGGGUAAAAAAUAAUGAUUAAUUGCAUUAAAGUAAUUGUUGACA